AUGCCAGUAUAUAAGUUAUACUAUUUCGAUGCUCGCGGUAAAGCUGAACACAUUAGGCAGUUGUUUGCCUUAGCCGGAAUACAGUUUGAAGAUAUUCGAAUUACAGCUGAAACAUGGCCUCAACAAAAAGACGAUAUGCCGCUCGGUCAGGUACCAGUUUUGGAAGUAGAUGGAGUUAAGAUUGGCGAAUCAGUAGCAAUAGCUCGGUUUUUGGGCAGAGAAUUCAAGCUGGAAGGAAAGUCCUCAUUAGAUAAUGCCAUAUUGGAUAUGAUUGGUGAUGUUAUUGCCAAUGCUUUCAAUGUCGAUGGAAUAAAGCAGUGGCCAUAUGUUCUAAAUGGAAUAAUAAAAGAAGAUAAGCAAGAAUAUUUCAAAAACAAGGUGCUACCAGCAUUAGACCUUUUCGCCCCAAAUGUCGAAAAAUACUUACUGAGAAACAACAACGGACUAUUAGUUGGUGAACAGGAGACAUGGGUUGAUGUGUAUGUCGCUGAAUUCUUUUCAAAAUUUAUUGAUUAUGGAGAAAAAAAUUGUUUGGACGCAUAUCCACAUAUUCUGGAAUUAAUUGCACGAAUUCACAGUAUUCCAUCUAUUCGAAAAUAUAUUGAAGCCCGUAAACCUACGCUAUGCUGA